AUGACUACGAUUGAACUCGCCCCGACUGCUCAUCACUUCCACUCACACUCGGCCAAUCAAGGAUCGCGCGACCUGGAGCAGAAUGGUGCCCCAACAGCAGAUGCCACAGCAUUCGAUGACAUACCGCCAAAUGGCGGAUUCGGCUGGAUUUGCACGCUAUGCACCUUCGUGAUCACCGUUCAUACCUGGGGAAUCAACGCAGCCUGGGGUGUGAUACUCGCCUAUUUCCUCUCGCACUCGACAUUUCCUGGGGCAAGUCGUAUCGAAUACGCAUUGAUUGGCGGUCUUGCAAUAGCCCAGGCACUAUUUAUGGGACCACUGGUGUCAGAAUCUAGACGUAAAUUGGGUACGACUAUUACUUUGCUCACUGGAACGAUGUUUGUUUUCGGUUCUUUGAUGGCGGCAUCGUAUUCAACAAAGAUCUGGCAUUUGUUUUUAUCUCAAGGUAUUUGCUUUGGUAUCGGUAUGGGAUUUCUCUAUCUCACUGCAAUGAAUAUCCUUCCGACCUGGUUUUCGACGCGGCGGAGCUUCGCGGCUGGCAUUGCUGGCGCCGGAUCUGGGAUUGGCGGAAUUGUGUACAGUCUCGCAACUGGCCACGCUAUUGAGAAGCAGGGUGUCCGGGCGGCUUAUAGGAUAUUGGCCUAUUGUUCGCUGGCCGCAAACCUGCUAUCUUCUUUGCUACUCAAGUCAAGGGACACCCCCCAAAGACAAGAACGAAAGCGCAAUGUCGAUUAUCGCGAUCUUGGCAAGCCGGAGGUCCUACUUGUCAUUCUGUGGGGAAUAACUACCGACCUCGGUUAUAUUGCUCUGAUUUACUCGCUCCCAAAUUAUGCUUCUUCGAUUGGCCUUUCUCCACAGCAGGGCUCUGUGACUGCUGCCAUUUUGAACUUGGGUCUGACUUUGGGCAGACCCUUAACCGGAUAUUUGAGCGAUCGGCACGGUCGGAUCACAGUCCCAAUGAUGCUAACGGGGCUCUGUGGUCUGCUAUGCUUUGCAGUCUGGAUCCCGGCAAAGUCAUAUGCAUUGCUGAUUUUAUUCGCCUUGAUGGCUGGGAUGGUUUGCGGGACUUUCUGGGGAACGAUUACACCGGUUCUGGCAGAAGUCGUUGGCAUGGGUCGGAUGGCUUCGGUCUUUAGCAUUAUCUGUCUGGCUCUGGUUGGCCCAACUACAGUCGCUGAGCCCAUCGCGAUGAGCCUUGUGAGCGGUGGAUCCAAGUAUCUUCAUACACAGGUUUAUGUUGGGUGCUUGUUCCUUGUUGGCUCGGUUGGGGCAUGGUUUCUACGUUCUUGGAAAUUCUACGAGGUUGAAAAGAAAGCUGCGGAUGAACACCAGGAACUUACUUCAGAAAGUUCCACUUUCCCAUCUUUCUUUGGUUGGAUAAGCUUGCAAAGGCUAUUCCUUAAGGGAAGGGUUUAA